GCGGAGCACCAGCAGAACAAGGCAGUAGGCUCGAGCUGGAACGCCGCUGGGACCUGGGAGGAGAAGGAGAUGGGCCCCAUCUCCAGGCCGGAGCUGGAGUCGAUCCUCUGCGAGGACGGCUUCCCGCUGCUGGAAGCCGACGGCGGCACGCGGAUCUGCGGCACGAGCGCCACCGUGACCGGCGAGUCGCAGGCCUACAACAUCUGCGGGAGGCCCCGCCUCGGGUUUGAGUUCGAGGUCAAGGUACAGUGGAAGGGCACCUUUGAAGGCGAGGACGUGGAAGGGAAGAUGGAGAUCAAGGAAGCUCUACGAGUUCCCGGCGGUAACCAAGGUCGCCGAAGGGAUUGUUUUGAAGAAGGACCUGGACUCCACCGACCUGGACGGUUGUGA